AUGAAAGAUGAAACACUGCAAUAUGAUAUGAUGCUUUCAGGACCACAAGGUCCAGUUGGUACUCCAGGAGUUCAAGGUCUACCUGGAAUACCAGGACCAUCAGGCGAGCAGGAUCCACCACGAGAUCCUGAUAUCCCAGGACUCGAUGGUUGUCCUGGUUUUCCUGGAAAAAAAGGUACCACUGGAAAACGUGGACCAAGUGAAUCAUGUGUUCAUUGUCCAAAUGCAAGAACAGCACCAGGAUAUUAA